CUCAUUAAACAACAGCCAUCUAUUGCAAUGUUUCAGUGUCAGCUUUAACUGUAUUUUUCACUGAGUUUACCACGGCAUACACACACACAAACACACAUUACUUCAGGUGUGUGUGUGUGCAGAACAGAAAUGUGUGGGUUGGUGGUUGUUCUCUUACAAGGACACAAAAGGAACGGUCACUCCCACAGUCUGAAACUAGCUGAAGAAACAAGAAUAACAGUGAGGCGGCUUCACUCUCACUACACAGUGUUUGGCUUUGGUUGUAACUGUUUGCUGUAACAGUUUUUCCCAUUGAAGAGGACCCUCAAGGAGAAGGGGGCGGGGGGGAGCUUAAAUAGAUCCUGGCUUCACGGAGGUGUGCUGAACACACAUGGACAUGGAGGAGAGGGAAUAUUUUGUACAGAGGGAGGUUCUGGAUGAGUUGCGUCUGAAUGAAGUGGCACAAAAAGGGAUGUGGACAGAUAAACCAACCUUGACUGAUCGGAUGAAAAAGUCCCUAAGAUGUUCGGUGCCCAGGCUGAAGAGCAUAGUGCUGAGCUGGGUGCCUAUUCUGGGCUGGCUGCCUCAGUACUCACUCAAAGAAAACGCAGUUGGUGACCUGAUCUCUGGCUGUAGUGUGGCCGUCAUGCAUCUGCCACAAGGCAUGGCAUAUGCUCCUCUGGCUGCCUUACCCGCUGUGUAUGGUUUGUACACCUCCUUCUACCCGGUGCUGGUUUAUAUCAUCUUUGGAACUUCCAGACACGUCUCCAUAGGUACAUUUGCUGUGACCAGUAUAAUGGUUGGGAGUGUGACAAAAAGGCUGGCACCAGACCACAACUUUUUUGUAAAUAGCACUAAUGAGACAAGUGUGAACACUGAUGCACGGGAUGCUGCCAGAGUACAGAUAGCAUGUUCCCUGGCAAUUUUGACAGGAAUCUUUCAGAUCCUGCUGGGAGUGGCUAGGUUUGGUUUCAUGGUAUCUUACCUGUCUAACUCACUGAUUCGUGCUUACACCACUGCAUCAGCGUGUCAGGUAUUUGUCUCCCAGCUAAGUGCCCUGUUUGGAGUCUCACCGGCUCAUUACAGCGGUCCUCUCUCCGUUAUAUAUACUGUGGUGGAUGUUUGCCAACUGCUGCCUAAAACUAAAGUGCCAGUGCUGGUGACCGGCCUGAUCUCGCUUACAGUUCUCAUUGCGAUCAAAGUGCUCAAUUUCUACUACAGACGGAAGCUACCUCUACCCAUCCCUAUAGAACUCAUACUUAUCAUAAUAGCAACACCCAUCACCCACUACUGUGGACUUGUGAGUAAAUACAACAUUGAUGUAGUCGGAGUGAUUCCCGUUGGGCUCAGGGCCCCUGUUGUGCCAGAUGCCUCUUUCUUCUCGUUGAUCGUAGGUGAUGCUUUUGCCAUUGCUAUAGUGAGCUAUACCAUCAACAUUUCCCUGGCCAAAACAUUUGCCCUCAAACAUGGCUACAAGGUGGACAAUAACCAGGAAAUUAUUGCACUGGGCCUUAGUAACAGCAUUGGCAGCUUUUUUUAUUGCUACACUGUGACCUCUUCCAUGUCUCGCAGCCUCGUCCAGGAGACAACAGGAGGCAAGACACAAGUUGCAGGAGUAGUUUCAUCCAUCAUUGUGCUGGUCACAAUUUUGGGAAUAGGUGCUCUUUUUGAAGAUCUCCCCAAGGUUGUCUUAGCUUCAAUAGUGUUUGUGAACUUGAAAGGAAUGUUUAUACAGUUUGCUGAUGUCCAUACCCUGUGGAAGACCAGCAAAGUCGAUUUGCUGGUGUGGCUGAUAACGUUUGUAAGUGCCCUCCUGCUCAACCUGGACAUUGGCCUGGCUGUCUCUGUAGGCUUUUCUGUGCUUACUAUUGUCUUCAGAUUGCAACUACCUCACUACUCUAUUUUGGGUCUUGUGCCAGGCACUGACUUGUAUCUGGAUAUAGAAAGCUACAAGGAGGCUAAAGAGAUUCCAGGAAUUAAAAUCUUCCGUUCAUCUGUAACUAUCUACCACACAAAUGCUGAGAUGUACUUGGAGGCCCUGCAAGAGAAGACUGGAAUUGACAUCAGGAAUCUGCUGACAGCGAAGAAGAAGCAAGACAGAGUGCUGAAGUGUAAACAAGAGAAAGAGAAAGAGAAAGCGAAAAAGGAGGCAAAGAAACAAAAAAGAGCGGCCAGACAUCGGUCCAGUGGCACAUGCUUUUUAAAGAAGUCAGAGAACAACGAGGGGGGAUUCUCUGUUGGACUGAGUGGACAGAAUCAAGUGAACUGUGCAGACUUUAGAUUGACUGAGGCUUCUACAAGCGACCUUGGUAUGGGCCACAUAAACCAGGCUUACCAACAUGACACAUCCAUGUUGAGCUCAGAUUCAGACACGAGUUGCCAUGGUGAUGACAGCAUCGACAAGGUAUCGCAUGAUGGCGAUGAGGAGAAAGGAAAGGCCUACGGAUCAUGCACGCACAGCAUAAUCUUGGACAUUUCAACAACAAACUUUGUGGACAUAGUCGCUGUGAAUACCUUGAAAAAUAUUUUCAGAGAUGCUGGGGAGCUUGAUAUGGACAUCUAUUUAGCAGGCUGCCAAGCCAGCGUUGUGAAACAGCUGGAAACUGCCAGAUUCUUCUCGGAGCUAAUCCCAAAGAGCAGGCUGUUUGUCACUGUUCACGAUGCAGUGCUUUAUAUUCUCAAGAAACAGAAGCUGACAGACUUCAUACUUGAUGUUUCUGUCGACACCUACUUGUGAUCAGCAGGGGUCAGACUGUUCCAUCUCUUUGUCCUGUUCCUGCUCCUCCUCUUCCUCCACUCCUCACUAUCGGUCAUCAAUGACCCCCUCCUUCAGUGGGGGAGAAUGCACCACCUCGACAUGGUGCCGUUGCUGUGGCAACGGUCUUUUUAUGAUUUCACCUAAUGAGAUAGUCAGCAAUACGUCAUUGCAGCUCUGUGGUGUGUGUGUGAGAGACAGAGAAGGGGUGGGGGUUGAGUGGGAGAAUGUAACACUGGACUGAGAAGGAUCUGUAUUUAUAGCCUGUGUGGCAAAUUGAGUUGAAGGUUGACUGUAUGGGAAAACACAUAUACAAGAGGUGUUGUUAUGAACAGAAAGGCCACAAUGUGUAUGCAUCAAAUGUUUGAUCCAUUGCAGCUGGUCCUCCUUUUCUUUUAGAAAUGGAAAGCUAAAUAUAUUCCUCAAUGAAACAAUAAAAUGUAAAUAUUUGUCAUUGAUAAGAUCGGGCCAUUCCAUCUGGGAGAUUCUACGUUCCCUCUAAAAUCUUGCAAAAAUGAGCUGAAUUACAGAGAUGUAAUAGGUGUUACAUUUAAAAAGAGCAGCAGCUUUUAAACACAGUGUGGGUGUAUUUAUAAUCAGUGUUCACACAUCUGAUUCCUCUGACACUUUGAGCUCCUUUCUAUGUUUGGGAUCCAGCCGCAUGUUAUUAUUGCCUAUCAAGAGCUUAACGCUCCAUUGUGAUAUAGGCAUCUGUAUGCUUCACAUCUACUGAACUGAUUUGGAUUGUCCACUCAAACAUAUUUUCUCCCAGGCACAAAGAUAUAUAUAUUUUGUUUUUGUUUUUUUAAAUGUAUGUUGGAAAUGUGUGGUCUGCAAGGUGCAUUUCUAACGUUAAUCUUUACAGUCGUAAAGACUAGAAAAAUGUGUUUUCUAAGUGCACACACAUUUCCUAAACACAUUUAUUCAAAUGCAAAGCUGUUUGUCAGCUGACUCUCAGCAGGGCAUCAGGGAUUCCCCACACAGGGGACAACCACCACAAAUUAUCUACAGUAUGUGCAGAAAACAUAAAUAUAUUUGUUAGGAAUCUUCUAAUGACUGGUUUACUGGGUUAACCACUCCUACUUAAACAAGGUCAUGUGUUAAAAACCACACAUUUCCUUGAGAGUAUACUGCUGAUCGUGCUCACUGACUGAUCACACUUGUAGUUAGCAGCUUUGUUAUGUCUUUUA